UUAUAACGCCCCCAAGACUGAAAGAGCGAGCAUGUUUGGUGGGACGGAUAUUCGAACCCGUGACCCUCAGAUUGCGAGUCAAUCGCCCUACCAACCUGGCCAUACCAGACCUGUGUGUGAAAGAGCAUGGAGUUAAAGACUUGUGACACAAGAAGACUCACUCAAGCUUUCAAACACAAAUUAUUCCACAAAGUUUCUAUUCAAAUCAGAUCAUCUAAAAACACCACAAGGUUUGCGAACUUAUAUAUCGUAGAAUUGCUCACUACUGAAGUGUUUUUGAAGAUCUCUUGUAAACAUUAAAUUUAUCCAAGAUGUCGGCAUCAAACACCAAGAUAGACUUUCAUACAAUACCAGCAGGAGCAUUGAAUUUUCGAACUCGUGGAAUUUUAUCAAGGAUGUUAAAUCCCGUACAAGAGUUAACUACAUUAACGGGACUAAUGCGUGAUUUUAGAGGUGUAGCUGAAUUAAUGAACUUUGAUUACUGGGAUAUCCAGAACUUUCAAAUGACCUCGGAUCCUUUUGCUAAAUUACUGAUUCAGUGGACAGACUCACAGCCCUCUAAUACUGUUGGAAAGCUUUUCGAUCUUCUAGAAGAAAUUGAACGAACAGAUGUCAUUGAUGACGUAAAGCAAUAUGCAGAAAUUGAUGCACACAAUUACUUGGAGAGGAAGCAGAAAUGGUGCGAUAAAGAAUCUCCAUUACAAGAUCCUAAUGUGAGUUCUUGUACCCGGUCAGCUUUCCCAGCAGAUCAUCCCAACCAUUUGACAGUUGAUGAUGUGACCAAUAGUGAAUAUAAAGGACAAGAAGUGAGCCUUUAUGAUGCAUAUGUUUGUUAUACUGAUGAAGAUAUAGAAUGUGUUCACAUUCUCUCCCGACAACUGGAAUCUGAGGGCAUCAGGCUGUUCAUCCGAGACCGAGACCUCUUGCUUGGACAGAUGGAAUAUGAAGCAUUUGCUCGUUUAAUUGAUGAAAGGUGCAACAGGGUGUUGAUUGUACUGUCACCGGAGUUUUUGAAAAGUGUUGAAUGUGAAUUUCAAACUCGCUAUGCUACAAGCUUAGCAGUAGAACAACAGCAGCGGAAGUUGAUCCCAAUCAUUUACAGAUCGUGUGAUGUUCCUCACCUUUUACGGUAUCUUUCGAAGAUUGACUUCACUAAACUACACAUUCAUGAUUGGGUAUGGCAUCGGUUAAUUCAUUCCAUUAAAGGAGAGAAUGGUAGAGAAUUCACGUCGUCUGUAAGUGAACAGUCAAGCAUUUCAUGUUCCAUACCUCCAACAUAUGUAACAUCUGUUCCUUUCUCUGCUAAAAAUAAUCCUCCUUAUGUCCAGUCACAAAAUGAUAGAGAAUCCUGUUGUGAUGACAAAGAAGAGGUAUCUCCAGUACCAGGAACAUCAUCAGUUUCUUCUCUACAUACAUCAGGAAAAUGGGCUUUUCACACAGGAUUGAAAUUCUUCAAACCACGGAAAAUGAAGCACAAGAGAUCCUCUAAUACAUCAGUUGCAACCAGUGGGUAUUGUAGUUACAGCCAAAUUUCUGAUACAUCCGCAAGUGACAUUAAUUCUAAUCUAACUUAACAAACAGCAGCUGUGUUCAGAAAAUACUGUAUGAUUAUAUUUCUUCAGUGUAUAUUACAAGACAGUUUUGAACUCUGCAGAGACAAAAAGUGGCAAAGAAAAAAUGCUACAUAUUAUUAAUAGAAUACUUGUCAAGUGAAGGUAUUUUUUUUAUAUAAGUAUUUGUAUCAAGAUAUACAAGACGUGUGUGACAUAACCAUGCCAUUAGGAGCUGUAAAUUUAAGCACACAAGUUAAACACGUUUGGCAAAGUCUAUAAGACUUAAGGAAAUUCAAUUUCCUAACAGCCAAAAAAAAAUUAGAAUUUUUAUAUCCAUGUUUAUAGCAUUUAUGAAUUUUAUGUUGUUAAUAAAAAUGGCUUUCAAUGGUCUGUUCAAAAAAAAGUUUCCUUUCAGAGCAAGAACUUUCAGAUUUUUUGUUGUUAUUUGUUAUUAAAGAAGAAAGCGCAUGACUUUUAUAUCAAAGAGCAUUGGAAAAACUAUUUUUAAUACAACUUAGGUUUCAGGAGGAACGUUUCGAUACAACACAACUUAAAUGAUAACUUAAUUCCAGUAUGUGUAAGGGUGUAGUAAACUUAUUCAUUAAAAAAUAAAACGAAGCAAAAAGUAUGAAUAAGGAGUACUGCAACUUCAAAUAGUAACAAACCGUCAAAAGUACCAUCACCAGAUGGCAGGUGAGUUACAUCAUCAACAACAUGAUCUAGUAAGCCUAAUAUAUGUGAUCCCUUAUAUCAAGUUUGAAAUUGUAUUAUAUGUUUUAUUGCUACAACCUUUGCUUUACAGUAGCACUUAUAUGGCAGUGUAAUUGUUUGUAUUUACAGUAAUUUAAUACAAUUACAGCCAUGAAUAGUUUCAACACCAUUGCAUUCAUUAGUUUUGGAAAUAAUAAUUUUUUGUACACACUUUGUAACUUAGCGGAUACUUGAAUUUUAGCCUUUAAUGAAGUGUGAGAUUGAAAGGUUUUGGAUAUUAUGUUAUAAAAAUUUGGUUGCUUACAGAUUUUAGUAACCUUUAUUUGUAGGGCCAUAUCAUUUUUCUUCCCAAGGAAUAAGAUAGUUAUGAAGCAGUAAGAUAUCAAAUAAAUUUGUGGGUGGUAAAGCUUUGGGUGUGAAACUGUUUUUAACAAUCUACAGCGACUGAAUAGAGCUAUUACUAACUUGUCACAUGGUAAUUUCAUGUGGUUACGUAUGAUACAGAUUUAAUCUUUUUUCUUCUUAGAUAUAUAUGCAAAUAAGGGGCUCAAAGUUUUAGGCCACUAGCCCAAAUACCAGCCUAGGGCUAGUCACAUAGAAAUGUUUUGUUAAUAUUGCAUAAAACAUGACAAUUGUAUGUGUUUUUUUUUUCUGAAAUUAAUUUCCAAAUAUUUUGAAACCGAAACUUGUUUCUGUGGUUAAAAAGUGAAGUUACCACAAAUUUCUGUUUGCUAUUUAUAAUUCCUAGCAACAGAAAUAACUGCCAUUUCAUUUUCAUAUUAAACUUCAAGAAAGUCAGUUGCUUAAAGCUUUGCUUUAUAAAAUAUAUUUUGUUUAUACUUUAAUUUUGGUCUAUCAUCGUAACACCUAGCUAACCUAUAAUAAAAGGUUGUAGGUUUCAAGUCUUUUUUCGUGCAAGUUAGCUAGGUGUUACGAUGAUAGACCAUCAUGUAGUUAGAGAGCCUUCUAACACUAAAAACUAGAUUUUGAUAGCUGUGGUACAUAGGGCACAGAUAGCCCAUUGUAUUGCUUUGCAUUUAACUGCAAACUCGUUAAUAAUUUAGACGUGCCGAGUUUGAGAAGUUACCAUUUUGUCAUGAAAAAUAUAUUAAAAGGUUAAAAAUAAAACAGGUACAUAAUACUAAAUCACUUGCCAUAUCAGAAUGAAUUUCUUGCUUGUUACAUCCUGUCAGAACUCUCAUGUGGGGUUAAAAAUAAUUCUCCAGAACAUUUCAGCAAUUUUAAAAAUACUUUUUAUCAUUGUGACAUCCAUUCUAUCUAUCUCUCCUCACACUUUUUCAGUUGACUGUAUUUAAUUAACAAAGGUUUAAUUAAGUUAGUUUUUCAGCAAAAUGGUAAACAGUUAUUAAAUCAGAUAAUGCAUUUCCUAAAGUCAGUGUUCCAGGACAAUUAAUGUUUUUCUUCAUAAUGACUAUAAUUAGCUGACUAUAUCUGUGUAAACUGUUGUAGAAUCGUAUAGAAAACUCAAUUUCAAGCAAAUCAAAUUCAUUGUCAUUAGCCUCUUAUUCUACAUGCUUAUCAAUGUUUUUUUGAAUAAAGAUUACUGUUUUACUUUG